AUGCCAUGGACGACAGAGAUAAACAAACAAAUACGUACAAUUAUGCAAAGGGAAUGCGGCAAAUGUAUGAACCUUUUGAAAAAGUGGCCCGCCAGCAGCACAAGUGUCCUUGCUGUGAUCGUGUUUUCACACCUGAUGAAGAGGACAUCUUUGAAGAAGCAAAGGACUACAGGCACAAGUACCGCAGAGCGCCUGAAUGUACUGGCAAUCGAAUUAUCAAAUGCUGAAGACUUUUUCAAUCGAUUGGAUAAUCUCCGUGUGGUUUAUGAUGAAUAUGUGAAACUGGGGAAAGAGAACAUAGCUUUAGCAGAGAAGGAUUUGGAACAACUUUUGGCAGAUGAAAGUGAGAAGGCGCAGAUAUUCAAAGACCUUGUGAGUGCUCUUGCUCAAGUUAAAACGGACAGGGAUGGAGUCGAAGUCUUGUUACAUCCAGUUGAUACUAUCAACAGGCAUGUGCAAGAAAUACAGGAGUUAGAACCACAAGUCAAAGAUCUUGAAUAUAAGCUUGAUUCUCGUGGCCAAGGUGUUAAAUCUGUCGAGGAAAUCCAGUUGGAGCUGAACUCUGUGCAGAGGGCAAGGGACACAUUGAUCAGUGAAGUAGACGAUCUCAGGGAUCAGCAAAAAAUACUUAGCGAGGAUCUGUCAAAUGCUCAGAUGCGGUGGCAUGAUCUUAGGGAAGAAAAACUAAGAGCCUCAAGUGUAUUGCUGAAGUUCAAAAAGGCUGAAGAAGAUUUGGUACUUUUUGCUGAGGAAAAAGAGCAACUGAUCAUAGAUCAGAAGCAUUUAGAAGAGGCUCUUGUUCCAUUGUCAAAAGAGAGAGAAAGCUUGUUGCAAGAGCAUAAAGCUUUGAAGGAAAGGCUUGACCAGGAGUAUGAUCAGCUAGCUGAAAGAAAAAGGGGAUUCCAGCAAGAAAUCGACGCACUUGGAACCCUUAACACACGCAUCAAAGGGUACCUGGAUGCAAAGAAAGUAGAGAAGCUUAAUGAACUGCAGGAAAGGCAUACCCUAUCCCUGUCUCAGUUACAGAAAUGUGAGGCAAGAAAGCAAGACAUCUCGGUUGAGCUUGACAAGAGCAAACAGCUAUUGCGCAGCCAAGAUCAAUUGAAAAGAAACAUUGAUGACAAUCUGAACUACAGGAAAACAAAGGCUGAAGUGGAUCGACUUGCUCAUGAUAUCGAGUUACUUGAAGAAAAUGUGCUUUCCAUCGGCAGCAAGUCCACAAUAGGAGCUGAUCAUAAGCGGCAUGCUCAAGAAAAGGAGAAGCUUCUUUCAGAGUAUAAUAGGUGUGAAGGAACAAUUUCUGUUUACCAAAGUAAUAUUUCAAAGCACAAACUUGAGCUUAAACAGACACAAUACAAGGAUAUUGAGAAAAGAUAUUUUAACCAACUUCUCCAACUUAAGACAACUGAGAUGGCAAAUAAGGACUUGGAGCGAUACUAUGCUGCUUUGGAUAAGGCUCUUAUGCGGUUCCAUACCAUGAAAAUGGAAGAGAUAAAUAAAAUAAUAAAGGAAUUGUGGCAGCAGACAUACAGAGGCCAAUAUAUUGAUUGCAUAAGCAUCAGUUCUGACUCCGAGGGUGCAGGCACUCGAUCAUAUAGCUAUCGUGUUGUCAUGCAAAAUGGUGGUGCUGAGCUGGAAAUGCGAGGGCGAUGCAGUGCUGGCCAGAAGGUUCUUGCUUCUCUUAUAAUCAGACUGGCACUGGCAGAGACAUUCUGUCUGAAUUGCGGCAUAUUAGCUCUGGAUGAGCCAACCACCAAUCUUGACGGGCCGAAUGCGGAGAGCCUAGCUGCUGCCCUAUUGAGAAUAAUGGAAAGCAGAAAAGGCCAGGAGAACUUCCAGCUGAUUGUAAUCACCCAUGAUGAGCGGUUUGCUCAGCUUAUUGGUCAGAGGCAGCUUGCCGAGAAGUACUACCGAGUUUCCAAGGAUGAGCAGUGA